GGGUCGGGGAGCAGCGGCGAGUGGAGCGCGGGGAGCACACGGAGCUCGCAGGGAGACAAAGACGGACGGGAGGGGGUGGGAGGAGGGUGUUGAGAGAGAGAGAGCACACGACGAACGGCGGUGGCGGUGGGAGGUGGUUGCCGGUGGCGCUCGGCACUGCUGCUUCAUCAGAAGGAUGAGCUCGGCCUCCUAGGAGGGGGGUGGCGGUGCUAGAGGAGAUGGCAAAGGCGUACGUGGACGCGAGCCAGAGCGGGGCGCAGGCGGGGCCGUCGGGCCCUCGCUACAGCCUGCCCCGCUCUCCAACGCUGGCGGAGCGCCUGCUGAAGGUCUACAACUACUCGGACAGCGUGGAUCCUGCCAGCAAGUUUAAGAACGUCCGCUACGGGGACUCGACGGAUGUCAAGAACAUUAUCCACUCGAUGGUGGCGUCGAUCAGCGUGCAGUUUGAGGCGCACUACGGCAUGCGCCUGGUGCACACCGAGUCGGAGGAGAUCCACUGGCUGCACCCCGACCACGCCGUGUCGUACGUGCGCGAGAAGUACGAGGCGGCCCACCCGCCCGAGGAAUGGAGGUAUGAAUUAAGAGUGAGAUACUACCCCAAGCGUUACGUGGACCUCUUCAGCAAAGACAAGCCCACAUUCGCCUACCUUUACCACCAGGUGCGUAGCGACUACAUGCAAGACUUUGCGGAACAUGCGGAUCAUGACACAGCAGUGCAGUUGGGCUGCUUAGAGAUCCGGAGAUACUACAGGGAGAUGCCACAGAUGGCACUGGAUAAGAAAUCAAACUUUGAGUUGCUCGAGAGGGACGUGGGUUUGCGGAGGUUUUUUCCCAAGCAGAUCCUCGACACGUGCAAGGCCAAGAACCUGCGGAGGAUGAUCCAUCAGUCUUUCCGGCAGUAUGCCAGCUUCUCGGAAGAGCAGUGCAUGCUGAAGUUCUUUGAGAUCUUUUCCUCCAUAUACCGCUUCGAUCAAGAAAACUACAAGUGUGGUCUUGGGAGUGGAUGGAGCAUCUCUGUGGAGCUGGCUAUUGGCCCUGAAGAUGGAAUCAGCUACCUGACUGAUAAGGGCUCCUCGCCGACGCAUCUGGCCGACUUCACGCAAGUCAAAUCGAUUCAGUACUCCCAGACGGAGGACCGCGACAGGAAGGGCACCCUGCAGCUGAAAAUCGCCGGAGCUUCAGAGCUGCUCACAAUCACCACACCCUCGCUCACGAUCGCGGAGAACAUGGCCGACCUCAUCGACGGCUACUGCCGGCUGGCAAACUCCACCGGCAAGUCGUUCGUUCUCCGUCAGCUCAAAGAUGGAGAGAGAGCGCUGCCGUCCAUUCCAAAGGUCCAAAAUAACGCCGCUCACGCCGGAGCGACGAAGAAAGUAACCCCGGCUGCCAAGAAAGGCAACCUGUUUUUCCUCCCUUUUCUGAGCUGUUCCCAUCGCCGGCGCAAGGAUACAGACGACUACGCCGAGAUCGUGGACGAUGAAGACACUUACAACAUGCCGUCCAAAAGCAGUGGGAUAGUUGAAGCAAGGGACUACGAAAUCCCUCGGGACGAGGUGGAGUUGGUGACGUGUAUAGGGGAAGGGCAGUUUGGAGAUGUUCACAAGGGCAUUUACAAGAGUCCGAGCGACCCGAACAUGCCGGUGGCUGUGAAGACGUGCAAGGAGAGCUGUUCGGACAGCGUUCGGGAGAAGUUUCUUCAAGAGGCGUACACCAUGCGGCAGUUUGAUCACCCGCACAUCGUCAAGCUGAUCGGCGUCAUAUCGGACCCGCCCAUAUGGAUCGUGAUGGAGCUGUGCAAGUACGGGGAGCUGCGCUCGUACCUGCAGUCAAACUGCUACACACUGGACCUGGGCACGCUCAUUCUCUACAUCUACCAGCUCAGCACGGCCCUCUCCUACCUGGAGAGCAAAAAGAUCGUGCACAGAGACAUUGCGGCGAGGAACGUGCUGGUGUCGUCGGCGGACUGCGUGAAGCUCGCCGACUUUGGGCUGUCGCGGCACAUGGAGGACGACACCUACUACAAGGCCUCCAAAGGGAAGUUGCCGAUAAAGUGGAUGGCCCCUGAAUCCAUAAAUUUCCGAAGGUUCACCUCCGCCAGUGACGUCUGGAUGUUCGGUGUGUGCAUGUGGGAGAUCCUCAUGUUCGGAGUGAAGCCCUUCCAGGGCGUCAAGAACAACGAUAUCAUCGGGCGCAUCGAGAACGGCGAGAGGCUGCCCAUGCCUCACAACUGCCCGCCCACUCUCUACAGCAUCAUGACCAAGUGCUGGUCCUACGACCCCAGCAAGCGGCCGCGCUUCCUCGACCUCAAGCAGCAGCUAAGCGACAUCUACGAGGAUGAGAAGACCCAGCAGGAGGACCGCCAGAAGAGGGAUCAUCGGCGGAUAGCGCCGCCGUGGACAGCCGGAGGGGCCGACGAGGCACCCCCUAAACCAAGCAGACCGGCGUUUCCAGGAGGUCGAGUGGUGGACAUGUCCCACGGGAGCCCAGUGCACCCCCACAUGAACCAUCACCAGGCGGUGGGAUCCUCGGUGGCGAUGCCAGCUGUGGCGGGGCCCAUCUACCAGAGCACGGGUCCCCUGAGUGACACCUGGAUCCAGCCACACUCGGGCGAGCUCUCGCCUGCACGCCCCAUCAGCAGCGAGUCCUACGACGGACCGGAGCAUGCUCGCCGGGUCAUGGAGCUGGAGCAAGCGCUGCUGGAGCAACGGCUGCAUCAGCAGCAGCAGGAUAUGGUUGCCGACGAGAAGUGGCUGGAGAAUGAGGAACGACUUCUGAAACCAGAUCACUGGACGUCCCGGAACAGUGACGGCCUUCACGACAGCGGAUAUCGCGGAAUGAGCUCCGAACACCAACCCGUCUAUCAGCCAGUGGGAAAACCCGAACCGCCGGCGCCGCCCAGGAAGCCGCCUCGCCCGGGCGCCCCGACCCAGCCGCCCGGCUUACCCGCCAUGGUGACCGCCGCCCCCGAAGCCCAGAACGGGGGCCCUAAGACCCCCCCACAAGAGAUCACCCCGCCCCCCACGGCCGACCUGGACCGCACCAACGACAAGGUGUACGAGAACGUGACGGCCCUCGUCAAGGCCGUGCUUGAGAUGUCGGCCAAGAUCCAGCCCGCCGCGCCCGACGAGUACGUCGCCAUGGUCAAGGACGUGGGCCUGUCGCUGAGGACCCUGCUCGCCAGCGUGGACGAGGCGAUCCCCACGCUCCCGUCCUCGUCUCACAGAGAGGUGGAGAUGGCGCAGAAGGUGCUCAACUCGGACCUGGCCGAGCUAAUCGGCAAGAUGAAGCUGGCGCAGCAGUACGCCAUGACCACGCUGCAGCACGACUACAAGAAGCACAUGCUCACCGCCGCGCACGCGCUCGCCAUGGACGCCAAGAGCCUCCUGGAUGUCGUGGACCAGGCGCGCAUCCGCCUCAUGGCGCCGGUCGCACCCGCCGGGGGCGCCCGCUGGUGAUGGCCCCGGGCUCGCCCGGCCGACACCCUCCCCCCGCCGAGACUCUGCCCUCUCGGCGAUCCACGCAAGAGCGCCGGUUUGAAAACUUCCUCGGCUGGCAUCGCCAAUCCGCAUAUCUAUCAAGGGCCCCACACCCCCCCCCCCCCCGUCCACCACCAACGCGGAGGCAAAUUUUUAAUUUUUAGAACAAUCGAUUUCUUGUCCGUCACUCAUUUCUGCCGCGGAGUCGUACGAGCGAGUCGUCGGGCGGUUCGCGGCUGUCGGCUGGUGCGCCCAGGGGUCGCCACCGGUCCAGGUAUUGCGCCGGCAAAGUGCCGCCGAUUCGGUUGCAGUGACGGUGACCGUUACGUGCUGCCGACCCGCGGGGGGCGGUUGCCUGCCUGGCCCUUGGGGGGCGGGGGGUGGGUGGACGAUGACCCCCCCAAACUUUUGCUGCAACCGUACCAAAAAAAAAGUAACGACCGGCUUGUGACGCGCGGACGUUGUCGUUCAUCGUCGGCGCGGCGCGGGGGACGUCGGCUUCGCUCGAGUCCGCUGAGAUUCACUACCGCUCCGUGAGGGGCGCCUUCUUGCUAAUGCGAGCAAGGGGGAGAGAGGGGGGGGGGGGUGUGCCGACGUUCGCAAGUGACGGCGUUGUGAGAUUUUAUUUCGGUGGGGGGGGUGGUGGAGAUUGGAAAGAAAAAAAAACGGUAACGCGUCGCUGUCGUGAGUCAUUACCUUGCAUGGUAACGCUCGGCCUGGCUCAGCCUGGCUCGUGUACGCUCGCUCUGCGACGUUUGACGCCAACCCGGCAAGCUCUCCGGGUUGGCACAGGGGACGAAGACCUCCGCACGACAAAGAAGGUAUGCCCAGGGAAGGGCGUUCCACGCGGUGUGGUGGGGGGGGGUGUUGGCCUGGGCGAAAGAACAAAACUGCAACAACUGCAGUGAGCAGUUACCCAAUUAACAGCGGUGUCUUUCUUUACAAAAAACAAAGGGAACAAAUGAAUCUGGGUAAGAGUGUUGACUGUUUAACAUUAGCAAGGAAGUCUUGUGCACGACUCUGCAUAGGCUUAAGUACUGUUUGCAUGUUAAGAAAAGAGCUACACCCAUUAUUAUUAAUUAUUAUAUCCUGUAUAGCAGUGGCUUAUACGAAUCAUUUAUAUACUGUAAUGCAAAUGUAAUUGGAAGUGCUCGUGUACUUGCUCUUCCUGAAAGCAGGUCUGCUAACCAAAUGUUACUCAACAAACUGUCUCUUAUUGGGGGGGGGGGGGGGGGUUUGUUGGUUGUUAUAAUUAAGUGAUAUCAUUUUCUUGCAACACUGGUGUUCGCAGGGGGUGUGCGCUAACCUACAUUUUAGGUUCUGUUUCCAAACGGCUGUCAUUUGCCAAUGUAGCGAUUGGUACUCGAGUCGUCAAAACAUAGGGUGUUUGUGUCUGUUGUACAUUUUAUAAAGUCCUUUUUGUACAAAAACUCAGCGUUAACCAGCUUGGUAACAAAUUCUGCAGCCGGUUUUAAGGGCGCGUCUUUUCACAAUUUGAGUGAACACUAUUCAUUGAUUCCGCCCCCCCCCCCCUGCCGUACGUUACCGCCCUUUAACCAUUUAGCCAUAUAAUCUGUGGCCAAAUGGCUUCCGGGUGGCAACCGUUGGACCGUUUUUAACCGGCACGCGAUGCGCACCAACGCGCGUGGAACAGCCCAACGUUUUUGUCCCUGCUGCCUGACGCUCCCACGCGUCUGCUCGCCUCCGACUUGCGCAAAGCCUUCUACCGAAAUGUACGACGUUUGGCAUUGGAUAAUAGAACAUUAAAUAUUAACUUUAUUCUCGGCAGCUGUAACAGUAUUCACACUGGAAUCGCUUUCUUUUUUUCCUCCCCCUCCCCUCGCUCUCACGGCACCGCCCGAGGGAGGCGAUAACUUUCGGCGUCACAGCUUGCUGCGCAGAGAGCGCUCGCGGUCGGUCCUAGCCUCCGACGGCGGCAUUUUAUCGACGACCCUUCGGAUGACAUUUUGCUCUUCCGAAACGACAAGGCGGGCCCCGCCGCUCAUGCUCCACAGUUCCACACGCAGUCGCGCUUGCGCCGUCCUUAUGCAUGAGUGUUGUGAGCUUAGCGCGAUGACGGGUUGUUGUUGUUGUUGUCGGUGCUUUCUGUAGUCUGGCGGGCCUGUCUUCUGGGUCCGCUGUCAGGGCAAGCACUGAAACACGGCGCGCGCUGCUGUGUCACGGCUGACGCCGUACGGAUAUUACGUGGCGGUUAUCUUGCUGUAUCUGCUAUUUACUUUAUAUCCCGCUUCUGCCACAGGAGAAUGUAGAAGGAGUUCAUUAAAUAUUUGUUUUCUUCUCAUAACUGUAUAUUUGCAUUUUUAAAGAAUUGACUCUAAAUAUAUGUUCCCUUUAUUCGAGAAUCCAGGUAAAUUAUAAUAGAUGAAUAUUCUCUGGUAGAAUAUGAGAUGUACAGAUUAUGCUUGGAGGGCCUGCCAGGCCACAUCCCGUAAGUUUAGCAGCCAAACUCCCGUAAUUUUGUCAAAUAUUUGGUGCUUUUUUUUUUUGCUUUGUACAUUGGUUCCAGGAUUCCGGCUGCGCGGUUCCAUUUUGAACAAUGACGGAAAAACGCGUCCGUGGCAAACGCAGCAGCGCCAUCGCCGUUCCCCUGCAGACAGGCCGUCGAUGCUGCGCUGCGUGCACUGUGACUCGCCAAACCAUCAGUGGGCUUUGCACAUGCUGUGUUUGUCGACUGCCCUUGGUGACACGAGUUGGACUAGAGAAGAGGGAUCUUUGUGUUUUUUCUGGCCAUUAUAAAGUGCGUAUUAACACUUAUUUCCCCUACCCCCCCACCCCC